UCGAGGCCAUGCGUUCUCUCCGACAAUCUUAUCUCUAUAUAGAAGGGAACCCUGAAAGUUCUGAUUAGUAACUUCGGACGUUUCGCUGGCAACAAUGGAUUACGCCAGCAGGCUCUACAUCACAUUUCUAUUCUCGAUCUCUUUGUCCGGUUUCAUCACGAACACUGUUUCGGGACAGUUGCUAAUCCAAAUCUUACCGGGAAACCGGAAGAUCCGUGGAGAUGACAGGGUGUGGUGCGAGAGCUGGAGAUUCACGGUGGAGACAAAUGACGCAGGGAGCUUGGGAACAGUCCCGCCGAGGUGUGAGGGAUUUGUUAAGAACUAUAUGACUGGGGAUCGCUACCUUUUGGAUUCCCAAGCCGUGGCGGAGGAAGCAUUGUCUUUGGCCGGGAAAGUGAAGCUCGCCGGCGACGGUAAGGACGCCUGGGUUUUCGACAUCGACGAGACUCUGCUCUCAAAUUUGCCUUAUUAUUCUCUCAACGGAUUCGGAACACAAAGUUUCGAUGAAGCUUCUUUCGAUGAAUGGGUGGAAACGGGAAAAGCCCCAGCUUUACCCGCAAGUUUGAAGCUUUAUAACAGCCUCCAAAAGUUGGGAUUUAAACUGUUCCUCUUAACUGGAAGGAGCGAAAAUCAAAGGAAUGUGACUGAAGCAAAUCUACUAUCUGCUGGGUACCAAAACUGGGAGAAGCUCAUCCUAAGGGGGACUUCUGAUUCUGGGACAAAUGCAGUUGUGUACAAAUCUGGGAAAAGAAAGGAGCUGAAAGAUGAAGGUUACAGAAUCCAUGGAAGCUCAGGGGAUCAGUGGAGUGAUCUGUUGGGCAAAGCCAUAGCUAAACGUAGCUUUAAACUCCCCAAUCCAAUGUAUUAUAUUGCUUGAUACCAAGAAAAGUUCAAGAACUGAUGUACCAUUACUUCAGGGUUUCAAGAAUAGGAAUCGGCUGAGCCCCCAAUCCCGAUUCCAAUUUCAGCCAAUUCUGGAUGAAUUGAAAGCGGAAUCGAUUGGACCCGGAUCUGGGUUACGAUUCUGAGUUUGAUAAACUUGAUGGUGCUAUUUUAGGUUCAUUUGGUGUUCCUUGUGGCUGGGUUUGUGUUAAGGCCAUGAGAUCAUGUAGUGAGGCAAGAAACUCGUAAACAAUAAGUUGUUCAGUCUUUGUAUUGGUUGUUGCUUGUUUCAUUUAAGCAGGGUUUCAUCUAAAA